AUAUCGAUGAGUGCAUCAUGAACGGGGUGAUGUGCAGGAACGGGCGCUGCGUCAACACCGACGGCAGCUUCCAGUGCAUCUGCAACGCCGGCUUCGAGAUCACCCCCGACGGCAAGAACUGCGUGGACCACGACGAGUGUGCCACCACCAACAUGUGCCUGAACGGGAUGUGCAUCAACGAGGACGGCAGCUUCAAGUGCAUCUGCAAACCCGGCUUUGUGCUGGCUCCAAACGGGCGCUACUGCGUGG